AUGUCCUGGGACCCCGCAAAAAUAGGCCUAGCCCGCAACCGACGAGGCAUCGUCCCACCCGCCCCAGCCAACCCCCCCUCCACCCAAAAACCCCCCCAGAAACCCAGCAGAGCAGACACAAACCCCCACGCCGCAACCCAUCCAUCCCAAGAGACCGAUCACCGGGCCGAACGGCCCGGACCCAUGUUCGAUCCCUUUCUUGGCUGGGAAGGGGGCCAAGCGCCCUGGUCUCAGGAAGCGAAUACCAAUCCCAAUACCAAUACCAACACGGCUGCUCUAUGGGAUCCAGGAGCUGUUGAUUUUAAUAAUCUGCUUAAUGAGGGGCCGUAUGUAAGUCCUUAUGUGAAUAUACCUGAUCAGGAUAUGGUAGUCGAGGCGGAUAUUGAUCAGUGGGAUAUUUUUGGGGGGAUAGCUGCGAUGGGUUCUGUGGUGCAGAGACAGGAUAGACCUGAGCGAGCGGUUUUUCCGCAGGGACCUCCACCGACGGCGAUACCAUUGGGACAGCAAUUUGAGAGUGAUGCUUGGGAUUGGAGAGGGGGAAUUCCACCUACGGUUCAGGAACAGAGGGGGAGACCUAGAGAAUGGGUUUUACCUAGUCGGCCUCGUGGUACUGCUAGUGAUGUUGGUAUGAGACCGCAACCGCGUAGUAAUCUUGUUGGUAUGCAUGGACCGAGGAGAGAACAGUCUGCUGAAUUUAUGCAUGAGACGCAUACAGUUAGGGCUGAGAAUAUGUAUGCGCCACUUCGCGAACGCGAGCGAUGGCAACCACAGCAGUAUAAUCAACCACAGUAUAACCAAGUACAACAGUAUAAUCAAGCACAACGAUAUAACCAAGCACAACAAUAUAACCAAGCACAGCGGUAUAAUCAGCCACAACAAUAUAACCAGCCACAACAACAAAUUCUAGAACAUGUAGAAUAUGCAUAUCGAGAUUUACACAUACCACGAGCACCAAGAGGACCCACAUAUCAACAACUAUAUUAUCCGCAACCGGGUGGAAUACUCGGACGUACCAUAUGGGAAGAGCAAAAUCUGAUUCGUCCACCCGGACCACCUAAUUGGAAAGAUAUACGAGGAUAUGCUCAAGGUGAUGAAGGAGGAUUUGAUCCCAACAUCGUUCAACAGCUUGAAAGUGGUGAAUUUUCCCCGUAUGUAAUAUCAAUAGCUUCGAAUAUUGAAGCUAUUGACGAAGGGCCAAGAAAACCGGGUGAAUCAAUGACUGCUUGGAGAGCUCGAGUAGUAACUUCGAGGAAAGCCAUUGGGAUAUUAGCAAGUGAGAUUCGAGGCCGACCAUAUUCUUUCCCUACUACAGCAAAAAUAGCAGGUGAUACACCCGAACAAUUUAAAGCUAGAUUGGCAGCUAGACGAAAAGUAAAAGCACAAUGGGAAAAAGAUAAAGAAGUCCAUAAGAAUAAAAUGGAUCAUACACAUAAAAGUUUUGAUCCAGAAUAUGCAACACAAUAUCGAGCCGAGAAAGCCGCUAGACAAUUUGAAAAUGCAAAAAGUAGGAAAACUGCUUUGUUAAUCGCUAGACGCAUUGCAGAGAGGGAUAAUCUACCAAGACCUACAACACCUGAACUUCCAGAGGACAGUAGUGAUGAGGAUCUUCCCGCAAUGCCGUCUAGAAAUAGAGGACCUCUCGCCGGAGCUACUGGACCUAAAACGAAGCGUUGCUUAUAUUGUAAGCAUAUGAGAAAGCCAUGUACUUUAGUUACAGGAUCACCUCGACCUUGUGAGCGCUGUAAAGCACGUGGAAUAGUUUGUGAGAUUACUCGAGAUCUCGAAGAUGCAACGUCGACAAAACAUGUCUGGAAAAAGCAAUCAAAGACGGCAGCUCCUGAUAUUGAUAACGACGAGGAAGAUGACGAUGACGAUGAUGAAGAUGAUGAACCAAUUACUGCACAAGAAAAAGCAAGCCUAUCCAGAAAGAAAAGAGCCAUGUUCAACCAAGGACCAAGAAGAAAUCCUCCGAGACAAAGGCGUAGAAGCGUAAGCCCUGGUGCAGAUAAUCUGCCCAGUAAACAAUGUGAGCCUUGUAGAGAUCAGUCAAGGCCUUGCGAUGGCGAACAACCAUGUGGAACAUGCAAAAUCAAUGGUACAGUAGAUAUGUGCAGUACGGUCUCUCGUUUUUCCAAAUAUAGGCAACGUGACUAUCGAGCGGAUUUGGAGACGGCCUUGGAUGAUGAAGGUAGUCCUGAAUGGGAUAGGUUAGCUGCGACAUCUGCAGAAGCAGAUGCAGCAAUUCACAAUAUGGAUCUCGGACCGAUGAUGAAUUACAGCUCACAGAUGAUAAUGGAAUCAAUGGAGACUGGGAAUCAAAAUCAAUUUUUCUUGGAUCAUGCCACAGCUGAUCAUCCAUCUUUGCAACCAUAUCGACCAGAUCCGAACGGUCCGUCAUAUAAUCGUGUGGCGACAGUUGUGGAACCCGACGCGUCUUUUAACAGUCUCGCGCCUGAGGCCCCUGAAUUCUUAGCUGAACCAUUUGGAGAUGUGGCACAUUAUGGAGCCAUGGCCUUUGGAGACGCAAUGGAUCUUGAUUUUCUUCCUGAAGCAGAACCUGAAAAUAGUGUUCAAAGACCAGAAUAUCCAGAAGUUGGUUUAGAAGGUGUUCUGAGAGGAGUAGAACAACGACAACCCGGACAAGGGAUAAUGGCCACACUAAGGCGCGAUAACGAUUCAGAUCCAGACCCAUCACUUAAGGGAAGGCCUCUAUCUGAAUACAGACGAGAAUGGAAACAAAAUUUGAAAGGCAUCUUUAAGAACAAAAAUUGCGAUGAAUUAAUUGGAAUCGACAUCUGCUUCAAAGCUCCCGCAAAACAUUGCGAUUACCUUCAACAUGGUAUCGAAGGUGGUGAUUGGCAUACCUGUGUGCCUUGCCACACAGAUCAAAAUGUUCGAGUAGCUGAUGCACAACAAACGCUCAUUGAAUAUACCAAGUUAUAUUACUGCAUCGAAUGUGCAUCAGAAAUGAAACCACGAACAUGGAAUGCGAGACAAACUACGCGAUUCAGGAAAGGAUACUGCACUUGCACGUCUCAAUUGAGAAAGUCAUGGUUAUGCAACAAUCAUCGUGAUGAUGCUAUAAGAGAGGUAACACAGAGAGCGCUCGCUGUGAAGAAUUGGAUGGUGAGAAGGGAUAUUUUGAAGUGCAAUGGAUGUGGUAGUAAAGAUCUUGGUCGAGGGACGGAGAUGUGGGCAUGUUCGUCAUGUAGAGACGUUGUAUAUGCUUAG